GAAAUUUUGGCGGGAAACGCAUUAUGAUGUGAUAUUUGAAAGUUAGGUUAAAUUGUCAGGUUUAUUUUUGUUUAUUUGUUAAAUUUCAAGAUGAAAUGUACAAUUCCUGAAAUUUCCUGGCAUAACAGAGAACCUGUACUCAGUGUAGAUUUGCAUCCGGAUGUUAACUCAUCCUAUAAGUUAGCUACUGGUGGUGGAGAUUCUCAUGUAUUGAUAUGGGUGGUAAAUAUAGAAGAAAAUGGGGCACUCAAACAAGAAGUAAUAUCAGAUUUGAAGAGACAUCAAAGAUCAGUAAACGUUGUUAGAUGGUCUCCUUCUGGAACAUAUUUGGCUUCUGCUGAUGACGAUGCCAAUAUUAUCAUUUGGCACAUGAAAACCGAUAAUAUCCCUUCAUUAGAUGAUGAAUCUAAUGAUAAAGAAGUAUGGAUUGUUUUAAAAAUUCUAAGAGGCCACAAGGAAGAUAUUUAUGAUUUGUGCUGGUCACCGAAUAGUCUGAAAUUAUUGUCAGGCUCUAUAGAUAAUACAGCAAUAUUGUGGGAUAUGCAGAAAGGCAAGAGUGAGCAGAUAAUGACCGAUCAUAAAGGUUUCGUUCAAGGAGUAGCAUGGGAUCCAAAAAGUCAAUACAUUGCAACAAUAAGUACUGAUAGAGUAUGUAGAAUAUUUGAUACGAAUGGUAAACAUAUCAAAGCUAGAAUAUCCAAAGGUACCUUACCAGUAUCUCCAGAACAUAAUUUAUAUGAAAAAGAAGUUAAAUAUUUCCACGAUGAUACUUUCAAAUCAUUUUUCAGAAGAUUAUCUUUUUCACCUGAUGGUUCAAUACUGAUUGUACCUUCAGGGCUUAUUGUUCCUGAUGAGGGUAAAUCUAUCAAUUGUACCUAUAUUUUUGCAGUGGAGACAAAUCUUCCUGCAGCUAUUUUACCAACGGUGAAACAGUGUAGUACAGUAGUGAGAUGUUGUCCAAUUUAUUUUGAAUUAAGAGAAGAUGGACCUGAACCUUAUAUCAAUUUGCCAUAUAGAAUCCUUUUUGCAAUAGGAACAGAUCAUGAUAUAAUUUUAUAUGAUACUCAACAAAAAGCUCCAUUUGCCAGGUUUAAUAACAUUCACUAUACAAGGCUGACUGAUUUGACAUGGUCAAGUGAUGGAUUACUUCUAAUAGCAUCAUCAACAGAUGGGUUCUGCACUUUGAUAACUUUUGAACCUGAAGAAUUGGGAGUUCAGUAUGUUAAGGAGGAAAGUGAAACUGAAGAUAGUACAUUGAAUAUGUCAAUAUUGGAGGAUAAAGUGAAUACUACCAAAACUCCAGAAGUUCAGGUGGCAAAAGUGAAAGAAGUUCAGGAUAAACCAGUAGUUAAAGUUCUCACUCCAAGACGUGUGAAAAGACAAUCAGUUCCAGAAAAAAAUAAAUCUAUAUUAUCUUUUUUCAAGAAAGCAAAUGACCAAAAGAAGGUGAAUGAAGAUACUAAUGAUCAGAAUAAAAAUAACCCAGAUCCUGAACCAACAGAAAUAGAAGAACCCAGUGCCAAAAAAACUAAAAUUGAUAUUAACUGCGAAAAAAUAGAACCUGAAUUCACUGCGUCAAAGGUGGAAGAGAAUUCUUCAACAAAUUUGAAGAGCAGCACUCUGGCUGAAACAAAUGUUGAAUCUCCAUAUGUUAAAUUAGAAAGAUUAGAUUUGAAUAUUGUUAAGAAACCCAGACGUAUUACACCAAGUAGAGUUUCAGAAUUAUGUUCUGCUGUAGAAACCUUAAUAAAAUUUACUUCAGAGUUUAUAAAGACUCGGGAUUAUCAAGAACACAACUGCAACAGUACAAUUUCAAUUGUAUUGAAUUUUAAUCAAGUGAUAAGUUGCUUAGAAUUCCUAUCCAAAGUAAUAAGAGAGGAAGGUCAAGUCAAUUUAGAGUUACAUGAGUGCAGAAAAAUUGGUUCUAAUAGACUGGAAUUUUGUUUGGAUCUUGUUGAAAAAACAUUGAUAUCCGAUGAAACAUCAAAUGAAUUUGGUCAAUUUUUGAAAUGGAUGGACAAUGCUUUAUAUCAUAUUUCUGAGAUUGAUAUUGAAAAACAAACCGUUUACACUAUGUUGCAAAGCACAAAGAAUAUAUUCGAGGGAAUUUUAGCCCAUGCCUUGUCCAUCGCUCAGAUAUGCUUAGACAGGGACAGUACAAUUAUUAAAGGAAGUUGUCGAACUGUGUUGAAUAGCCUAACUGACCUAGAGAAUGAACUGCAUAAAAAUGAACCAAAUAAAGCGAUGAUUUCUCUUUUUGUAAAAGAUUGUAGCAACAAAUUAUGCUUGUUAGAAAGAAGGGUGGAUAUAGCUGUACUUAAACUCAGCCUCUUUGUAUUUGCCAGAUAUUGCAAAGUUCUCGAAAAAAUUCACAAUUUUUGUGAGGUUAAUUGUAAAAAACAUUUUGAUCAAGAAGCACUCAAAUCUAUUAUAGCAGAUUUUGAUAUACAGCUAGAUAGAAUAUUUCAAAUCGGACUAUUUGCAGUAUUUUGCUCUUCAAACAUUAGAAGUGGAAUCAACAUAAAAAAUUGUAUGGCUAGUUUAGAAUCAUUGGAGCAUGAAUUAGUUCCUGCUAUGCAAAUGAUAUUGAGGAACGGUUCUACGACUCAGAGGAUAUCUGCCCUAAUAUUAAAGAAUUACUGGAUAGCUGAAGCAAAUAAACUUAAAGUAUCAGUUUAUGAAAUUAUUGAUCCCUUAGCAUUUUGUGGAGUUAUCCAUGAUGAAAUAUCCUCUGAAAUUCAUAGGAUCGUUGAGGACUGUGACAAAAAUAAAGAUGAAACUGUCUUUGACAAUAUUUUCAAUAUUGGUAAAGUACUGGUUGAAUUUUUACUAACAGUUGUAAGGGUUGAAGCUAUUAAGGAUGAACAAAUCAAAGAAAGAAUAAGAAAAUGUAACGCAAUUACUUUAGAGAUAGGAGCAGGGAUUGAUGUACUAGAUGGUAAUAAUUCUAUAUCAAAUGGUAGGUUGUUGAAAAGAUGCAAAAUUUUGCAAUCACAAGUGGAAAAAUUGUUAGUACUUUUAAAGAACCAGGAUGAAGUGAGAAAUGAUGAUGUGGAAGGGAGAAAACAUGACCCAACGUCAGAUGAAGAAGAUGAAACUCAGAAUAUGCUUUUCAGUCAAAUAAUGUGUAAAGGAAAGGAAAUAUUACAAAAUAGAAGUAUCAUGUAUAGGACACCUAAAAAAUUAUACCAAACAUUUGGAGACUGCAAUGAUGAUCAUCCAAAUUCUAUGGAAUCUAUGAUGAAAAAGCCUGCUAUUCCCCAAAUGAAUUUUUCUUUUCGAUCAUCAGAUUCAUUGAACCAAAUAAGUUUUGAAAAAAUUUUUGCAGACUUGAGUAAAUUGACUACAUCGGUUUCAGAGAAAUAAGUGGCUCGGUUUUACCAUAAAAUUAAACAUGAAAUCUCAUAUCUCAUUUCACCAGUAUUAAAUGUCUAUAUUCAUCUCAAUAAAUCGAAAAUAUGGUAUUCCAA